AUGUCCUCUUGGAAGAAAACAAAUGGUGGCUUGCCACAAGGUACAAAGUUGGGUCCAUUAUUGUUUGCUGUUCUCAUUAAUUCCUUACUCAAAAACUGGCCCAGUAGGAUCAAGUUUGUGGAUGACACCUCAGCCCUAGAGAUUAUACCACGUUUUUCAUCCAGUUUAAUGCCAUUAGUCGUAAAUGAAAUCUCGGACUACGCCUUAGAACGUGGAAUGGAACUAAAUUAUAAGAAAUGCAAACAAAUGUUGAUCAACUUUCUUAAAUAUAAAGGAUCUGAUGAUGAAAACCCGAUCUAUGUUGCAGGUAAACCGGUGGAAACUGUGUCCUCUUUCAAACUCCUAGGUGUAUGGAUAUCAAAUGACUUGUCAUGGAAUACUCAUGUCGACAUGGUAUUGAAAAAGGCAAAUUCUCGCUUAUACGCAUUGCGUCUGUUAAAAAAGGCUGGUCUCCAAGCAUCUGACAUCGUCCAAAUAUAUAUCUCAUUCAUCAGAUCCAGAAUUGAAUAUGCAUCCCCUGUAUGGUCGUCAAUACCUAAAUCAUUAUCUGACAUUCUCGAAUCUGUUCAAAAGAGAGCAUUGAGAAUAGCUUAUCCAGAUCUGUUAUAUGAUGAAGCCCUUGAAAUUUCAAACUUACAGUAUCUGAGUACUCGUAGAGACAUCUCUUGCAAGAAAUUCGUCGAAUCUCUGCGACGUGAUGUUUCACCCUACAACCCUUUGACCCAAAUUAUGGAAAUUCGUCCCGGGGUAAAAACUCAUGACUAUGACUUAAGGAAUGACAGAACGGCCGAACAACCUUUAUGGUCAGAAACCACUGAACGGUUAAAAAACUUUGUGACUAGGAAAUAUUAUUAG